AUGAUUUAUAUUAUUGGAAUGGGAUUAGAUUCAUAUAAAGACAUCUCAUUAAGAAGUCUAGAAAUAUUAAAGAAAGCAGACAAAAUAUAUUUUGAAAACUAUACAUCUCUACAACAGAAACCUAUAAGUCAAUUAGAAGAAUAUAUUGGUAAACCUAUAGUAAUUUGUAAUAGAGAUAGUGUUGAAUCAGAAGACUUCUUUUUUAAAGAAGCACUAGAUAAUGUUAUUGUAAUACUAGUAGCAGGUACACCCCUGUUUGCUACAACACAUAUAGGACUUCUUGUAAAAGGUAGAGAGAUGAAUAUACCAGUAGAAGUUAUUCACAAUGCUUCUAUUUUGAAUAUAUACGGAUGUCUAGGCCUUUACUCGUAUCACCACGGUAAAACAGUCUCUAUACCUUACUUUACUGAAGAUUGGAGGCCUUUAUCUUUCUUCAAUAAUAUUCUUACGAAUAUUAAAUGUGGUCUACACACCCUCUGCUUACUAGAUAUUAAAGUUGAUGAGAAUAGGUAUAUGAGUGUGAAUGAAGCACUUAAUCAAAUUUUAUCUAUUAAAAAUGAUGUUGUAAAUGAAAAGUACAAAGUAUUUGCUGUAUGUAGAUUUGGAUCACCUGACCAAUUUAUUAAAUAUGGGACUAUUGAAGAAUUAAUUAAAAUAAAUUUUGGUAAACCUUUACACAGUUUAGUGAUACCUGCACAGAUGGAUACAAUAGAAAAAGAAUUAGUAGAAGAGUUAUAUGGGAAUAAAUUAUAA